CCAAACCCGCGUUCUCUUCCUAAGACACCAGCUCUUCGCCUCAAUCCACAACUUCAUCCUCUCCGGCCUCUCGUCCUCCAACCCUCGCGCCCGCGCCCAUUCUGAAUACAACACUCUUUCCUAAAUAAAAAUGGGCAUCUUCCGCACCCUCAUCUCAACCACCGUCCUGGGCGGCGCUGGCACCGUCGGCGCCUUCGCAUUCUGGACUCGAAACGCCCAAUUCGUACCCCUCUCUCCAUCCGACAAGAUAUAUUCCUCAGCGGCCUACCUAUUCCAGAACCCGAACAAGAACCCCGCGACGCAAGACCUGUGCAUUCGUCGCGUGCCAUUAUCGAAAAUAAAACCACAAUUACUAGAAAAAGAGAAAGAGGGGAAACUGGUUGAGGCAUUCUGUGCGGGUGUUUGGAGCGGAUGGGGGUAUGAGGUUCAGCGGCGGAUAUUGGAGCGGAAGUGGAGAGGGGAUGUGGGGAGGACGGGACAUCAGUUGUGGGAUAGGAAGGAGUUGCGGGAGUCGAAGUAUGAUGUAGGGACGGAGAUUACGGAUCAUUUUGAGGUUGUGGAGAAGGAUGUGGAGGAUGGGAGGAUUGUGGUUAGGUGUGGAGAUUCGCCGUUGAAUAAGGAGGUUAGAGCUACGGAUGGAUUGUUUGAGAUGAGUGUGAAGGUUGAUAAGGAGAAGGGAGAGGCUGUCUUUGGGUUGAAGAGUGUGUUGUUUCAAGGACUUGGGAAAGCGGACAAGGCUCCGAUGCCACCGCAUAUUGAGUUCUUGCACAGGGUUUACACGAAACUUUGGAUGGAAACUGCAGUCUCGAAUUGCGUGUUGUGAGGAAUGAGAGACAUGAGGGUGAUUGGGGUGUAUAUAUGGAAGAGAAAGAUUUGGGUCAUAACGUCGUAAAUUC